AUGAUUUCUGAGAGGCUUGACUUCAUCAAAAGAAAUCAAAAAAAAUUGAGAGCAGAAGAGUACAUUCAUUUAAGAGAUGCCGUGGUUAAUGAUGGCAAUAUAGACGGUUCUAAUAUUGGCCAGCACGUUAUAUUGCCGUCGUCAUUUACAGGAUCCCCCAGAUACAUGAAUGAAAAAAGUCAAGAUGCCAUGACAUACGUCAGGAAGUUUGGAAGACCAGAUCUCUUUAUUACAUUCACAUGUAACUCCGAAUGGCCAGAAAUAAAAAUUGAGUUAUUACCCGAUCAAAAUUCUUACGACAGACAUGAUUUGGUUUCUAGAGUAUUUCAUUUAAAACUCAAGAAAAUGAUAGACCUAUUAACGAAGAAAAAUAUCUUUGGACCAUCGAAAGCCUUCGUUUACAGCGUAGAAUGGCAAAAAAGAGGUUUACCUCACGCCCACAUUUUAUUGUGGCUGGCUAACAAAGUACAACCAGAUUCUAUAGAUGCAAUAAUAUCGGCUGAAAUACCUGACCAACAACAAGAUCCAAUUCUUCAUAAUAUUGUCAUAAAAAAUAUGAUACAUGGUCCUUGCGGAUUUCACAAUCCUGCGUCACCAUGUAUGAAAGAAAACAUUUGUUCUAAAAAGUACCCUAGGCAUUUUAUUUCUGAAACACAAACUGGGGAUGACGGUUACCCAACCUACAGGCGCAGGUCUCUAGAUAAUGGUGGAAAAACAGCAACAAUUCGUGUCAAAGGUACAGAAAUGAGCGUGGAUAACAGGUGGGUUGUUCCCUAUAAUCCAGUGCUAUCACGAAGUUUCAAUGCACACAUUAACGUAGAGUUUUGUCAAUCGGUCAAAGCUAUUAAGUACAUCUGUAAGUAUAUUCAUAAAGGUUCUGAUCAAGCCACAUUUUCGUUGCAAAAUAAUAAUAAUGAAGUAGAAAAAUAUCUAAAUGGUCGCUAUACAAGUUCCUCGGAAGCGCUCUGGAGAUUUUUCCAAUUUCCUAUUCAUGAACGUUUGCCGGCAGUAGUUCAUUUAGCAAUUCAUUUGGAAAAUGGACAAAGAGUUUAUUUUUAUAAUAAUGAAAAUCUCCAAGAUCGCAUCAACAAUCCUUCACCAACGGCACUUACAGCGUUCUUUGAUCUUUGCAAAAGAGACAAUUUUGCAAAAACCCUUUUAUAUCACGAAGUACCCCAGUAUUACGUAUGGGGAAGAAAUUCUUUUUCUAGAAGAAGACGUGGGCAAGAUGUUGAAGGAUAUCCCGGUGUAAAAAAAGACACAACUUUAGGCCGUGUCUACAACAUUCAUCCAACACAAACUGAAUGUUAUUAUUUAAGAAUGAUACUGCAACAUGUUCGCGGUCCAAUGUCGUUUGAACAUCUAAGGACCGUUAAUGGUGUUAUUUUCCAAAGUUAUCAAGGCGCUUGCAAGGAAUUAGGUUUACUGGAGGGAGAUGAACAUUGGCAAAAUACCAUGUCAGAUGCUGUCAUGUCUGAGCCAGCCACAAAAUUAAGAGAAUUAUUUACCAUCAUUCUCAUAUUUUGCCAGCCAUCUGACCCCUUAGAGUUAUGGAAUAAAUUUCGAAAUGAUUUAUGUGAAGAUAUAUUAAACAGAAUGCGUAAUGAGAAUCAGGAUAUGACAUUAGCAUAUAGUGAUGAUAUAUACAAUGAUGGACUUAUCAUAAUUGAAGAUAAGAUUCAUGAGAUUUGCGAUAAAUCAUUAACUGAUUUUGGGCUUCCUGCAUCAAAAAGGAAUAAUUCACAUAAUAAUUUGGAUCCGUUAGAAGUAGCGUUGCGAAAGCCUGUUCUUUUUAAUGAAGGAAAAAUUUUUUUUUUGGAUGCUUCAGGUGGAACUGGCAAGACUUUCAUUACUAAUCUGAUAUUAGCAAAAGUAAGGUCUCAGGGAAAACUAGCUUUAGCAGUAGCGUCGUCAGGGAUCGCUGCAACUUUAUUAGCAGGUGGACGCACAGCUCAUUCCACUUUUAAACUGCCUCUAACUGUUUCUUUACAGAAAGAUAGCGUGUGCUCUAUUCGCAAAAAUGGCCCUUUGGGAAAAGUUUUGCAAGACGUCACUUUAAUAAUCUGGGACGAAUGUACCAUGAUCCAUAGAGCUCAUGUAGAGGCUCUAGAUAGGACUCUUAGAGAUAUUAGAAGCUGUGAUAAAAUCAUGGGUGGGAUUACUGUUAUGUUUGCUGGGGAUUUUCGUCAAACUUUACCGGUAAUAGUAAGGGGAACUAGAGCAGACAUUGUAAAGUCUUGCCUUAAAAGUUCCCCAUUAUGGAAGUUUGUUCAUACCUUAAAACUAUCUACGAAUAUGAGAGCACAUUUGGGGGGAGGUAGCACAAAUUUUCCUUCAAAGCUACUUUUAAUAGGAGACGGGAAAGUACCUCAUUUUGAAAAUAAAAUUGAAAUUGAUCGCGAUUUAGGAGAAAGAGUGACUAGCAUUGAGGAUUUAAUAUCGAAAGUUUACCCUGAUAUCGUCGAAAUAGAAAACAAAGAUUAUCCAUGGAUGUGUCAAAGGGCAAUAUUGGCGGCGAGAAACAGUAGCGUUGACGAAAUUAACGAGCUAAUUUUAACUAAACUUCCAGGAGAUAAAGUUACCUACACAUCUAUUGAUAAUGUAAUGGAUCAAGAAGAUGCGGUCCAUUACCCACAGGAGUUUCUUAAUUCUUUAAACCCGAGUGGCCUUCCCCCACAUUCACUCAAGUUAAAAAUAGGUGCCCCAAUAAUUUUACUUAGAAAUCUUAAACCACCAAAUUUAUGUAACGGGACCCGACUUCAAGUCAAAUUUCUUCGCAACAAUGUGAUCGUUGCAAUAGUUUUGACUGGUCCAGCAGUAGGUCAAACAGUGCUUAUACCUCGCAUCCCAAUGAUUCCAAAUGAUUUACCUUUUAAUUUUAAAAGGAUUCAAUUUCCCGUUAAGUUAUCUUUUGCCGUAACAAUUAAUAAAUCACAGGGGCAAACAUUUAAACACGUAGGAAUCGAUUUACGUCAAGACUGCUUUUCACACGGCCAACUAUAUGUAGCGUUGUCAAGAUCGGGUUGCGGAGAAAAUCAGUAUGUUCUUCUGCCACAAGAAAAUAAAACUAAAAAUGUCAUUUACGCAGAAGUACUUUAA